GGCCUACCCACCUCUUUCGUCACUAGACGAGGCCUCCUCGGCCGAUUUCUUGACCUGGGACACCUCCCCAUCCGUCUUCUACCCUGUCCUCGUUGUUCCUGAUCUUGUACCUCUUCUUCGUCUGCCCUGCAUCGUGCAUCCUUGUACCUGCAAUAACCCCGCGAUUCGCACUACGGCAAAACCCGUCUGGCCUCAUCUCUCAUCUGGCCUCAUCACGUCGGUCAAACCCAAAUCGCAGCAUCGACACAACCGACGCGACAAAUCCUGGCCUACAACACUGCAUCGCGCGACUACAAUAACUCGACCUCUCAGACCUCCAGAUUAUGGUGUGGUCCAGGUAGUCGAAUUCGAGCGUUCGGCCUCCGCCAUCAUGAGUCUCAAUCUCCCCAUUCGAACGAGCUCCAGCAGUCAGCGAAACCAGGCCAGCAGAAACUACUUUACGAACUAUACCCCACCCUCUUCGACCGAGGCCAUCAAUGGCCCCGUGAGAGAGCCUGCGAGGGAGCUUCUUCCUCCUGCUGACCGUCUCAUCGUUGGCGUGGACUUUGGCACCACUUUCUCAGGAGUCGCCGCAGUCUACACUGGUACCCCCGAUGACAUUGAGAUCAUCAAGACAUGGCCAGGAGGCAACGGCAUCACCUCCGACAAGGUGCCCACCGAGAUCGCCUACACGUUUCCCUCUACUCCAACCUCGCCUUCCGUGUCAUCCUCGUCGACUCCCACGCCAGCAUCAGGCCCAGGUCAGACGCCAGCAUCUCAGUCAGGCUCCGGCGGUGAGGGGAAUCCGACAAUCAAAUGGGGUUUCCAGUUCCGCCCCGAGGAGUCGCGCCUCCGUUGCAUCAAGCUCUUCCUCGAUCGGUCUCAGAAGCUUCCCUUCUACGUCUCCCCCCUCGACACGGCCGCACAGCUGCGCAGCUAUGACAAGACUGUCAUCGAUGCUGUGAGCGACUAUCUCACACAGAUCUACGCCCACACCAUGGACACCCUGACGAGGCGCUAUGGCGAGUCCUUCAUGGCCUCGACCAAGGUCGAUUGGGUGCUCACCUGCCCCGCUGUCUGGUCCGACGCGGCAAAGAACACGACGCUGCAGGCCGCUGAGCGGGCCGGUAUGGGCGAGAAGUCCGAGAUCCAGAUGAUCAGCGAACCCGAAGCGGCGGCAGUUUACACGCUCAAGGCCAUCCAGCCGAACCACCUGAAUGUGAAUGACAAUUUCAUUGUUUGCGAUGCUGGUGGCGGAACCGUCGACUUUCCCGGUCUCCCCGACGACGAAGAAGCAGGCCUCGAUUGCGGCUUCCUCGUCAUGACGGCCGAACAGGUCAAGGACAUCUUCGAGCCAGUUGUCAAGGAAGUAUGUGACCUCGUCCAGGGCCAGGUUCGCGACCUUCGCUCCAAGGGCGGUAUCGUCUCCGGCAUCAUCCUUGUCGGCGGCUUUGGCCAGAGCGAUUAUCUAUACCGUCGUCUCAAGACGCAUUUCGCGAGCGCUGCCCCGCCCCCCUACACCGAACGCCCGACACACGCCACGGCCACGGCCCUCACCGAGGCUGGCUCCAUCGAGGUCAUGCAACCCGUCUACGCCUGGACAGCCGUUGUACGAGGCGCCGUCCUCCGUGGUCUUGAGGGCAGCAUGGUCAUAUCGCGCAAGGCCCGCAUGCACUACGGCACCUCGUAUGCCACAGUCUAUGACGACGAAAAGCACUCCGUCAGCGAGCGCUACUGGUCACCUUUGUGGGAACGCUGGAUGGUCUCCGAUCGCAUGCAGUGGCACAUUGCCAAGGGCGAGGCCAUCUCACCUGUGUCUCCCAUUGCUUUUCACUACACGCGCAACUUCCGCCCUGGACAAAGCCUUGUUGUCACGGACGAUCUCAUCGCGUGCGAGGCUGAUGAGCCGCCGGUCGCUUACGGGCGGGAUCUCGUCAACGUGUGUACACUAACGACGGACCUCAACGCCGUGCCGCGAAGCUUAUUCACGAGGCUGACAACGACGAGGGGUGUCGAGUUUGACAACCUCGACUUCACGCUAGAAAUGAUAGUCGACAGCGCAGGUCUCGGUUUCGAGCUCAAGGUCGAUGGCGUCCGAUAUGGACGUGUAGAGGCAGAUUUCCACUGA